GUGGAACCAGUUGGACCUCGCCAUUGUGCUUUUGUCAGUGAUGGGGAUCACCCUUGAGGAGAUUGAGAUCAGUGCUGCCCUGCCCAUCAACCCCACAAUCAUCAGGAUCAUGAGAGUACUGAGGAUAGCACGAGUGCUGAGCUGUGAAGAUGGCGACAGGAAUGAGAGCCCUGUUGGAUACAGUGGUCCAAGCCCUGCCUCAGGUGGGUAACCUGGGCCUGCUCUUCAUGCUGCUGUUUUUCAUCUACGCCGCCUUAGGAGUAGAGCUAUUUGGAGAACUUGUUUGCAAUGAAGACUACCCAUGUGAGGGAAUGAGUCGUCACGCUACCUUUGAGAACUUUGGCAUGGCCUUCCUUACCUUGUUUCAAGUCUCCACGGGCGACAACUGGAAUGGCAUCAUGAAGGACACAUUGCGGGAGUGCCCACCAGACCAUGGCACUGAUGUGGACUAUGCCUGCAAUCCUAGCCUUCAGUUUAUCUCGCCCAUGUACUUUGUCUCCUUCGUGCUCACCGCCCAGUUCGUGCUCAUCAAUGUGGUGGUGGCCGUGCUGAUGAAGCACCUGGACGACUCCAACAAGGAGGCCCAAGAGGAGGCGGAGAUGGAUGCAGAAAUUGAGCUGGAGCUGGCCCAGGGCACCCUCUGUUGCAUGGGCGCCCCCAGCUGCGGAGGAGGGAGGGUGGAGAAAGGACUAGUCGCUGCUGGACCUGGAGGCACAGCAGGGGGGAGGGACAGAGGAGGUCCGAUUAGAGAAAGGGGAGAAGGAGUGAGGAAGAUGCGACAUUCAGCAGGGAGUGCACACCCAGGAGCGUACAGCUCCCACGACUCCAGCCGGACCCUAUACUCACCAGCACAAGAGAGCCAAUGGUUGGACAGCGUAUCUCUCCUGAUCAAGGAUACUUUGGAGGGGGAGAUGCUGAUGAUCGACAACCUCUCCGGUUCUGUCUUCCACCACUAUUCCUCUCCUUCCCCCAUCUGCAAAGAUUGCAGGGGCCACCCACAAGAGCAGAUCAAAAUGGCAGAGAUUGAGCAGGCAUCGCUGAAGUCGGAGCAACUGUCAGACAAGUCCUCAUCCCCCAACCUAGAUGACCUCAGCCUAGACGAACAUAUUGCCUACCAGCUGCUGGUGAGAGAAGGCAAGGGACGGUGCAGCAGUGACUCCCGCAGCUCUGAGGAGGCUGGAGGUGGAGGGAGUCACGCAGGAGGCCACCAGACUCAAACCGUGGUGCAGAGUCAGGUGCAGGGGUCGGGCCAGCCCUGUCUGGCCCUGAGCACUGGCAGUGAGGUGGAGACUGCACUACAGGAGAUGGAGAUGCAGCCAUAUAUGCGUUCACCUCACUGUAGCCCUGGUGGCAUUUCCAGCAGCAGCAACAACAAGGAAAGAAACCAAAGAGGAAGAGCAGCCAGUGGCAUUUCUCCUCUCUUCCAUCUGCCUGCAGAGUUCUUCCACCCUGCAGGAACAGCCAUCCCAGCACCUCCCCGCAGUAGGAGCUUACGGUUGUCGAGGGGCCUUAGACUGACCUCCCCAGACUCAUGGGCUUCGCUCCGCUCCCCAGGAGCCCAUAGCAAGAUGCUCUGUACACAGUGCCCAUCCCAUAGUGACUCAUCCCUUGCUACAGGCAGCUCUGAGGGCAGCCUCCAGACCACCCUGGAAGAGGGACUGAGCUUCAGCAUCUCUCCACCGCAGAACUUGGAGCUGCCUUUGUCAUCAGCUCCCUUACCACUUGUGUGCCCGCUCCCACUCCCUGAAGACGGCACUGCAAUUUCCUCCCCAGUUCAGAUCCUUAGACCAAGGCCGAGCCCCUCAUCAGCCCCCACCCUUCAGGCCACCAGGGGCCACCAGCGGAGCCAGAGCAGUGGCCGAGGAAGCACCAGCCCGGGCUACACCCGUGACGACUCAAUUGACCCUUCGGACGAGGACCUGGGCAUAGGUAUUGGAUCGUCAAUUGGUGGCUGUGGCUCCAGCCAAGCGGGCAACAGUGAACACUUGUCAGAGACACUAAGCAGCUUGUCGCUGACAUCACUGCUGUCGCCCAGCUCCCUGGUGCACCCGGGAGGAGCAGUGAAGAAGUGCAACAGCACAGGCAGCCUGGACAAAGGGGGGAUGCUGCUGUCAUCCCGAGGCAGGGAGAGCCGCAGGGAGAUUCUGGGCUUGGAGCUUAUGGACCCCCAAGGCUUCUUGGCCAACCCCUGGACAGGGGUAUUAGUUGAUACAAGGAGAGGAGAAGGAAGGGUGGAAAUAGGAGAUGGCGAGCAAGGGUUUAAAGGAAAAAGCUCAAGCCAAACAACAGUAGGGCCUCGUCGGAAAAACAGAUGAAACCUGCCGACUCUUUCUUUGUCUCUCCAUUCCUUGGAUCUUAACCCAUAGCUGUCCCUCUCACUCUCUCUGCUUCCAUCAGUGAGAGAGAGGCUUGAUGACACAUGAUGUCCUGUAUUCCAAAUCCAAACCCUCAUCUUGCCCCCUCAACCCUUUUCAGUACAUUUGUGAGCCCAUGUCCUAUUUUGUAGCUAGGGGAGUGGUCUUGGGUAUAGACAGCUGGUGAGGAAGUGGCCUGCAGAGUUAAGGGCUGAAGACAAAUCCUUAAACACUCUUAUGGGCUGUAACUGAAGAGGAGGACAUGGAUGGUUCUGCUCACAUUGGAAGGCCAUGAGGCUCAUUCAUAUCAGGGAGUCAAUCGGAGUAGAGACAAAAGACCUAAAACUUAAAAGACACAAGAAAGAGUCUUGUUGUUGCUCUACUGUUUCCUUUUCCCCGUGUUGGCUUAGGUCACUGAGGUUGGAAAUGCAAAAAUAGAAGUACCCAAACUGAAAUAGCUAUACAUGCCAACAGAGACUGUUUUGAAUCGUUUUUGUCUCAGAGGCAGUGCAGCGAGUAAGUGGGAGGAGGCACGGAAAUGUGGAAGGAAGGCUGGGAAAGGAGAAGGCAUGUCAUUUGUUUGGCUCGGAAAGCAGAAAGCGGAUCUAAUGUCCAUCUGUUCUGGCAGACGGAAACAACACAGGUCCCACUCACUCUGGCACAGGACCUUCUGCUGAGUUCAGAGUAAAAUGCAAGGUGGAGGAGAGUUCAAGAGUUUGUGCUCAUAGUAUGUGUGUGAGAGCACUGGCUCAGGUCCAUCCAAGGCAUGAAUUAAGUAAUUCUUAUCGCUUCACCAUACCUCUGCGUUUUUGAAACAGGAGAUAGGUAUUUUUUGAUCAAAGCGCUGUGACUCUGUCAACUGAGUCUUGAGUAGCAGCAGAAAAUGAAAAGAAAUUGACAGAUUGCGGAGGUAAAACGUGCAUGGAGUGAUUCGUGAAAUUGGUUCUUUUUUAUUUCUAUCUCCAGCAUCUGUCACUCAUUCAGACAUGAAGAAAUGAGUAUGAAAGAGAGCUAGGUUGGAUAGAGCUUUACAAACCCCAUCAGAAGAAACAAAGAUGUAUGCAUGGGGCAGCCUUGUGUGUUCACCUAAACAUGGUUCACAGCUACUUAUAAACAAAGUGAGACUUCAAGCACACUCCUUUUGACACCACUUCCUCCCACCAUGCUUAAGGAUCUGUGAUGAAUGGACAAACCCACAAUAGUUGCGAGGGACCUGACUGCAUGAUGGAAUUGCAUUUAACCAAGUUUUUUUUUUUUUUUUAUCUGUAUACAGAAGUGUAUAAAGAUGUCAAUGUUGGGUGAUAACCAUGUGAUUUCUAUCCCACUAUUUUUGUAGAAAAGAGAUAGGCACAUGCAAGUGUUGCCGUUACUUUGUCCCUAUUUCAUUCAGUCCUUACAAUCUCUUUGACUUGUUGUCUAGGACUUUUUUGUCUGCCAGCAGCUUCCAGUUUUAUAACAUUUUUUAAGGUGUGGACAGUGUAUAAAACAACGAAGCAAAAAAUUUCAAACAAACUUUUGUGUGCUGAAGUGAUUGUUCCCUCCAGCAAAUUUCUCUUUUGGAACACUGUUUUCUCAUGAAUUUUUUUUUUCAAAUGUUGGAGUUCCAUGGUACAACCAGAGAUGAGAAGAGCCAUAUUCACUCAGCACAUGAGGAUCGUUCAAGCUCAUAGACAUUCCUGCUGGCUGCACACAGGGAACUUUGUUUGCUUUUAGCCUCCUAUGCUAAAAACCAUCAAUAGCGUAAACCAUCUCUAUGAAAACUUUAAUUUGAGAAUUAAACCACAACAUAUCGAUUAUGGACACAUUAGUGUUCCUUAAGCAUGGUUAUGAGAUUGCAAUACAGUAUGCUUUUUCUUGAAAUUACACCCUGAUGCACUCAUCGUCUCUUCCCGAUCUCUUCGCACAUACAGUAUGUUGUAGCAACCACACACACACCAGUUUUAAAUUCAGCUGACAUUAACAAUGAAUAAAACUUUGCAUAUUUUAAUGCAAGCUUAUUUUGGCUUUUGCCACUUGAUUAACUACUCCAUCCAAAAAUAAACUGCUCAUCUUUAAGUAUGAUUUCUAGAGGUUGACUAUUGUAUCCCCUGUGUUUUGAUCAUUACCUUACUUUUUUAAUUUCUAAAAGAUGAUGUUAGAAAAUUUGAGGGUUUGACCUUUUUAUCAUGCAAAAUCACUUUGAUGACUAUGUUUAAUCACAUGGUGUUGGAUAUUAAUGAGUGAUUGUAAAGACAGUUGUGUGUGAGUUUAUGGUUGUAUGCAUGUGUGUGUGUGUGUGUGUGUGUGUGUGUGUGUGUGUGUGUGUGUGUGUGUGUGUGUGUGUGUGUGUGUGUUUAUGACUUCAGGUGAAGUGAUAUCCUUCUCCUGAAUUUACCUGUUUGUCAGUAAGGAUACCUGAGGUCAAAGGUUGAAGAGGGAAAACAUGAAGCAACAAAGGGCUGUUUUAGCUUCAAAGAUAUAUCCUCCUGUCUUUCUGAGACAAAUCCAUGUGUCAAUGAAGAUGGCAUCAAAGGGUAAAGCCUGACUACGCAGCAAUAAAUGUUCUAUGUGUAUGCCCAGAGUAAAUGAUGUCAAUGUGAUUUGUAUCUCUUCAGAACACAACAGUAUUCAUUACUGUCUGUUUUCGCUUCUACUUGUCUGAACUUACAACCAAUCAGAUUGCACCUCUGCCCUCUCAGAGACCAAUCGGUAGAGAGAUAGGCUGCAAUUGGGCGACAGUAACAAAUUAGGUUGUGGAACUCAGGUCGGGGGGUAUAAACCACUGGUAACAUUUUUAAAGAUAGCUGUAAAGGUGUGCUCAGAUUGAGCUCAGAGCAAAUUUUCACACGGCUUUAUCGCACAAAUUGGACAGCUGGAGUGUUUAUGAGCUACAUACAGCCAAUGCACCCACACUCCAGAUGUAAGCUUUAACUACCUAACAAUGUGCGUGCGUGCGUGCGUGCGUGCGUGCUGCAUGAUUGAGAGAGAAUCUCUGAAUCAGACUGAUCUACCAGGAACUGAAGUUAUUUCUGUUAUUUCCCUCAAGUCUCAAUAUGUUCAUGAAGUUCAAUAUAAAAACAAUAGCCUACACUGAGUUUGUAUGCAAUCAUGCCGACUCCUAAAUUUGCUUUGCCUUCAGUCUGAAUACACCUUAAAAAUGUACAAUUCACAUUUGUACAUAGCUUUGUAUUUUGAGCUGCAUGUGUGCAUUUCUGCCAGUUACCAUGAUUAUAUCAUUAGUAUGCAUUUCAUAAAAUUGUACAAAGUU